AUGGGCAACGCCGGCGAAAUCACAACAGCACGCCUUGAGGAUACCUUUGUUGCCGGCCAUCCUCGCCUCGAACUGGACAUGGACCGGGUUUUCAAGAAACCCAGGACAACGUAUAAGAGCCUCAUCGACGGGACGGCUGAUUUCCACACCCACCACGAGGACCACUUACCGCAGGGCAUCCUGGAGACGGAGGAGGAAAGGAAGCAGCAUUGGUUCGUGGGCAGCAUCGAUCAGGGCACCACAUCGUCGCGUUUCCUUAUCUUCAAUGGAGAAGGGGACCCGGUUGCGAGCCACCAAAUAGAGUUCAAGAACCUGUAUCCCAAGUCGGGAUGGCACGAGCACGAGCCUUUGGAGCUUCUCUCGUCAGUUGAGCAGUGCAUCGAGGAGGCAAUGCGCAAGUUUGGUGACUUGGGGUAUUCGAAAUCCGACAUCCGGUCAAUCGGCAUCACCAACCAGCGCGAGACCACAGUAGUAUGGGACACCACCACGGGCGAGCCCCUCUACAACGCUAUUGUGUGGCCCGACACGCGAACGAAGACUAUUGUGCGCGACCUGAAAUCCCGUGAAAUGGCAGACAGUUUGACGGAGCUUUGCGGCCUGCCCCUGUCUACCUACCCUAGCAGCGUCAAGCUCCUUUGGCUCCUCCAGAACGUUGACGAGGUUAAGCAAGCCUACGAAGAAGGCCGACUCGCCUUCGGAACUGUCGACUCGUGGCUGAUUUACAAACUCAACGGUGGCGCAGGAGCCGAGAAGCCUGUUCAUGUGACCGACAGUACCAACGCCAGUAGGACCAUGUUCAUGAACUUGCGCACGUUGCAAUACGACGACAAGCUUUUAGGCUUUUUUGGCAUUGACAAGAACAAGAUCAAGUUGCCCAAGAUCGUACCGUCAUCGGAUCCAGAGUGCUUCGGGAAGGUGGCCAGUGGAGCCCUUGCCGGCGUCCCGAUCGCUGGGUGUCUUGGUGACCAGUCCAGCGCCCUUGUGGGACAAUGUGGCUUUAGCCCUGGGCAAGCAAAGAACACGUACGGGACCGGCUGCUUUCUCCUGUACAAUGUCGGAACCGAGCCCGUCAUCUCCAAGUACGGCCUGUUGGCCACUGUGGCCUAUGAUUUUGGCCGCGGCAGAAAACCGGUAUAUGCUUUGGAGGGGAGCAUAGCCGUCGCCGGCUCUGGCGUCAAGUUUCUUAUGAACAACCUCGGUUUCGUAAAAGAGUCUAGUGAGAUUACUGCGCUGGCUGAAUCGGUCAAGGACAAUGGGGGUGUCGUUUUCGUCACGGCCUUCAGCGGCCUCUUCGCUCCUUACUGGAUUGACGAUGCCAAGGGAACGCUCUUCGGCAUCACUCAACACACGACAAAAGCCCACAUUGCCCGCGCCACCCUCGAAGCGACCUGCUAUCAGACCAGAGCCAUCCUAGAAGCCAUGGAGAAGGAUUCGGGGCACAAGCUUGAGUCUCUUGCAGUCGACGGAGGCCUCUCCAACUCAGACCUGUGCAUGCAGACGCAAGCCGAUAUCAGCGGUAUCCCCGUGGACCGCCCGCUCAUGCGCGAAACGACGGCCCUGGGCGCUGCCAUUGCUGCCGGGCUUGCCACAGGUGUUUGGCGCGAGCUGGAUGAUCUCAAAGAGGUCAACCGGGCUGGCCGCAAGGUUUUCCAGCCCAUUAUGAAGAGGGACAAAGCUGAAAAGCUAUUCAGAAAAUGGGAACAGGCUGUCGAGAUGAGUAGGGGAUGGGUCAAGGACCAGGGGGAGUGA